AUGGCCAAUACAUACAACGUGACUGAAUUCAUUUUCCUGGGACUGUCUCCCAAUCAGGAGGUGCAGAAAGUUUGCUUUGUGAUUUUUCUGCUCUUGUACGUGGCAAUUGUCCUGGGGAAUUCCCUCAUUGUGCUCACURUCCUGACCAGCAGAAGUCUGGGGUCCCCCAUGUACUUCUUCCUCAGCUACCUGUCCUUCGUGGAGAUCUGCUACUCCUCUUCUACAGCCCCCAAACUCAUCUCAGAUCUGCUGUUACCCUGCUSUGUUCCCAACAUCAUUGCCCAGUGCUUCUGUGGUGUCCAUCCUGUCCUCAAGAUCGCCUGGGCUGAGAGCUUUCCCCACGAGGUGACUGUGUUCCCCAACACUGAAUUGAUCUCUCUUUCCUCCAUCCUCCUCCGGCUGUCUUGCUAUACUGUCAUCCUGGACAUCUUGAGGAAGCCUUCUGAAGAGGAGGGAUGA